CCUAGGCAAUUGUAAAUGUGAAUGGUUAACUACCACAACAUUCGUAGUUAUACUUAAUUUUUAUUACUGUACAUUGUAACAUUGUGUGUUCAAAGUGAUUAGGAAUUUUUUUUUUUAUACAUUAAUCGAUCUCUAGUCAGUCUUGCCAAAAGGGGUUUUUUUAAGAACAGGAUACAGUCAAAUCGAUCACAAGCACGAUGGUCCGUCAUUUGUUGAUGACGAGCUUGUUAAUCGUCACCGUCAUACAAACGUACAAUGUGGUACAUGGUGUGGAUUACGACCGAGCUCUCUUCGUUAAGUCUGAGGAUAUACGAAAGGCUAGAGAACUACACACUAAAGUGUCACGGAUAGCCCCCAAUUCCAUGGAUCAAACUGUCGAUCAUAUACUCAUGUGGUUGCAAUCGAGAUACCAACAAAACCAAAGACAAGCUCGACAAAAUACAGAGCCACAACGACCUCGACCUUUUGUAGCCCCGCAACAAGCUCAGGAAUUUCGAGGUUAUUUGCCACCACAACCUCCACCUCAACCGGAGUUCUCAAUUCCACAACAGUUAAACCCUGCUCAACAGUCAUCUACGUCGGUAGACAACAAUCAAUUUUUUCAAGCUGUCACGACCAGUGAACCAGAGAGCCCUUCAACUGAAGAAACUACGCCCAAUUCACAAGCACCAAGUUUCUCUCAAAUACCAAAUUUCUCGCAGGCAUCGAGUUUUUCACAAGGAUCAAGUUUUACCCAGCAAACUACAACGUUUUCUAACGAACCAUCUGAAUUUCUAGCCACUAAUCCACCAUUAAAUACCAAUGCUGAAACACUUCAGACAGAUCUAACCAACGUUGUACAUCCACCCCACAUUCAUGAAAUGACUGUACAAUGUUCAAAAGAUAUGAUGACAAUCAAUGUUGAAUUCAAUAGACCGUAUGACGGUGUAAUUUAUUCAAAGGGAUUUUAUAAUAACCCAGAGUGCAGAUACGUGACCCCAAAUUCAGGUCAAACGAAAUAUUCAUUCAAAGUUAUGUUGAAUUCAUGCGGGACUCACUUUGUCGAUGAAUUCUCUUCUGGCAAACAAGCCUACCUGGAAAAUGUGUUAGUCGUACAAAACGAACCGGGCAUUCAAGAAGUAUGGGAUGUGAUUCGUUCAGUGAGAUGUUUGUGGGAAGGUAAUUUGAACAAAGCUUUAUCGAUCGCAUUGAACAUUGGUACUCUAAACCAAGAAGUGGUGACAUUUAGCGGCGAUACUGCUACCGCUAGACUCGAUAUUCAAGCUGGCAAAGGACCAUUUGCUCCAAUUGCAAACGGUUUAGUGAAAAUCGGAGAAACAAUGACUUUAGUUGUCACUGUGGAUGGCGAUCCAGGUUUCAACGUGUUAGUAAGAGAGUGCAUAGCACGUGAUAAUGAUCCAAAUUCUGGCAAUCAACUUCAGUUAACUGAUAGUCAAGGAUGCGUAGCCAAACCAAAACUUUUUGGUAGUUUCCAAACGACGACUAAUCCGGCCACAGGCUCUUUAAUAGCAUACGCGUACUUCCAAGCGUUUAAAUUCCCGGAUGUUAUGGACCUAUUGAUUGAGUGCAAUGUAGAAUUGUGUAAAGUAAACUGUCAGCCUUGUGGAAACUCUAACCAAAAAAUAGAUCCCGGUCGUCGUAGAAGGCGAGACGUACAUGGAAACAACACAGUUAACGCUAGUAAUAGCAAUGGAGAUACUGAUUCCAUGAUGUUGAUUGGACGUGUACACGUUUAUUCACCCGAUGACUUGUUAGCUGACAAUUUUAAUCAGACUGGUAUGGACCUCGUGGACCCAUUUCAGUCAUUUACAUCAACUGAUAGGACAUUAUGUAUGUCAUCAAGGAAAUUUUACUUCACAUAUUCAUUCAUGGUAGCGAUGACAUUAAUAUCAAGUGCAAUAAGUAUGACGCUUUGGAUUCGCUUACAAAGAAAAGCAUUUAAAGUUUAAUUGAAAGAUAUUAAAUUUUAUGUAAAAUAGAAUAUUUUUUUUAAACCAACAAAUGUUAUAACAUGUUAUUAAAUAUUCAUAGUCAGAAGAUUUACAAUGGAAACUAUAAAAAUUUGUUAAAAUCAUAAACAUAAAAAUUCUUAAUUAUGACUAUUUUUUUAAUAUAGUGCUAUAUUAUCUUUUAUAAUUUAUGCUUCUGUUUUAAAAACUAUAAAAAAGCAAUAAUCAUAUGUACAAUGAACCAUGUUGCUUCAUUAUCUAAUCUAAU